AUGAAACGCGCGUUUCCUUUCCACACAGCGACGCUCCCGAAGCCGAUCGAGCUGAAGUUUAACCGAGGCAACGACGGCGGCGCGUACGUCGUCUUCGUCCCCACGGACCCGAUCUACGACCGAUUCCAGGUCGGCGAUAAGAUUGAAGCCGUGAGCGCGUCGUUCGGGGAUGAGAUCUGGGGCGCUGAGUCGUACGGACAGGUGAUGUACGCGAUUAAGAAUAGAAACGGCGACAUCUACUUGAAGAUGACGGACAUGGACGGCGACUUGUCGGCGCUUCAACAAACCGAAAAGAGCUCGGCGUUCAAGAGCGAACGCGCGGGUGGUAACUACGGCGCCGGGACGAAGGAACAACAAAUGAACAACUACUCCAAAAAGCGCGAGUUGGAGAACCAGAGAUUAGACAUGUUCGACGAAGCCAUCGAGCUUUACAACGGCAAGGAUUUCGACAACGCGUUAAUCGUCUUUGAGGAAGUCGCGGCGUUGGAACCGAAGAACUACAUGGGUGACGAUUUUUCCAAGACGACGGAGAUCUACAAGGUCGCUCAGUACAACAUCGCGUGCUGCUUCUCCAAGCUCGGCAAGGCGGAUGAAUCCUUGCUCGCGCUCAAGCGAUGCAUGUCCGCGGGUUGGAUCGACUACCGCAAGAUUCGCACCGACCCGAGCUUGGAAUUCGUGCAAAAGCAGCCCGAAUUCACCGAGCUCAUGGACAAGUUCGACGAGCCGCUCAUCAACACCAACGCCAUCAAGGCGUUCAAGUCUUUGUUCGGCCAAAAGUGA